UCCUCGCCGUUAUAUUAACCAAACUGUUAUAUGAAACUCCUUUUUGGAUUAUUAACAUAUUUGGAUUAUAUCAGAGUGCAUCUGUACAUCAACGACAGCGAAUAAACCAGUAUAUGUUGCUACAGAGACUAAGGAACGCUAAACAAACAUGGCUGCUAAAGCUAACUGGCUAACAAGCUAACACAAAAGCUACAAUUUGAUGUCGUUGAGCUAAAAGGAGGCGGACCCGUUCCAUGUGGCGCGUGAUUGGGUUUUAUACAGGAUCGUCACAGCACAAGUGUUUGGCACAGAUGGACCAGUGAUGAACAGGAUAAGGAUUCAUGUGUUGCCAUCGAGCAGAGGACGCGUGGCCCAGACUGCCCGUACCCAGGAGCCCCAGGCCUGCUCUUUCACCCAGCGACCCUGCUCCCAGCCGCGCCUGGAGGGCCUGGAGUUCUGCAUCAAACAUGUCCUGGAGGACAAGAACGCCCCUUACAGACAGUGUAGCUAUGUCUCCAACAAGAAUGGCAAGCGCUGCCCGAACGCAGCCCCUAAGGUGGAAAAGAAAGAAGGGGUGACCUUCUGUGCGGAGCACGCCAGAAGGAAUGCCAUGGCUCUCCAGGCCCAGCUGAGAAAGGCUUCAUCCGGACCCUCCCCUGAAGCCCUCCUAUCUCAGCUCAGUGGCUACAACCGCCCCGAGACGCAUGGCCUGGACAGUGGCCGCAGUGAAGCCACCCGCAUCCUCGAUGUGGACAGCUGGAGUGAGGAGGAGCAGGGACCACUGGUGCUGGACCAGACAUGGAGAGGAGAUCCAGACAGUGAAGCUGACAGUGUCGACAGUGACCAUGAGGAUCCUCUCAAACAUGCAGGGGUGUACACGGCAGAGGAGGUUGCUCUGAUCACACGGGAGAAGCUCAUCAGACUCCAGUCGCUCUACAUCGACCAGUUCAAACGCCUGCAGCACCUCCUCAAGGAGAAGAAGCGCCGAUACCUGCACAGCCGCAAGGUGGAGCAUGAGACCCUAGGGAGUAGUUUGCUGACUGGCCCGGAGGGUCUCUCCAUGAAGGAGAGGGAGAACCUGAGAAAGCUGAAGGCUCUGCGUCGGUACCGCCGCCGGUACGGCGUGGAGGCUCUGCUUCACCGUCAGCUCCGAGAGAGGAGACAGGCUGUCACUGAAGGAGCUCCUCUUCAGGCGCAUACGAUGCGGUCUAGCCAAAGGUGUAUCUCCUACGUGGAAGGGACCCGCUGUUCUAACCAGUGUCUCCCAAUGACACGACAUUGCGUCUCUCACAUCUACCAGGACAGUAACCAGGUACUGUUCAAGAUGUGUCCGGGGCUGAAGGAUGUUCCCUGUGACCGGCCCGUUCACAUGGGCCAGUCAGAGGAGCCUCGCUGCCCCCUGCACCUCUCCCUGCCUCCCCCCAUGUACCAGCCUGAACAGGAGACGGCCCUGACCCCAGAGCAGCUGGAUGCAGUACUGCCCAAAGACAUGUACCUGAGUGCUGCAGAGCUACAGCCCACGGAGAGCCUGCCGCUAGAGUUCAGUGACGACCUAGAUGUAGUGGGGUGUCCUCCGUCCCCUCUGCUGUUUGACACGGCCCUGGCUCUGGAGGACCAGACUAUCAGGGCCAUCGCUGAGGGUCCUAUGGACAUCCUGACCGGGGUCGAGCUGGAUGCUUCGGGACACGAUGACUCUGCUGACAUGGAGCUCUCUGAGAGAGUUCUGCAGUCUAUAGAGGACCAAAUUGUAUCAGAGGUAAUAGGAGGAGGGGACACCACAGAAAAUUCAUCAACAGAACUGGACCAUGUUGCUGCAGACACCUCCAGAUGAGAGCUUUGCCUCCAGACUUGUGUUGAAUUCCAGAGACUAAUGUUGAGUUGACCAGUUCAAAGCCAGGAUGGAUCUUCAAGGUGGUAGAUCAUAACAAAGCCUUUGCACACCAUUGCCAAAUGACUACUGUUGAGUCAUUGUUUAAUCAGUUGUCAUAUUACUAACUUUUGCUGAUACUCUUGAGUCGGUUCAAUGUCUGUCUAGUCUUGUGCACCGUUGCCUUUCUCAACUUUUCCUGUGUAAUUUAAUAAAUCCUGGUUUCUCCUUAAACUACAAACAUAUGUAUAUCUUGUAUACAAAGUCAGUGUUGGUGUAGUGAAGAGAACUCUACUUGUAACUCUGGUUUGUUACUGUUCAAUAAACACUCCACAAAUGCA